AUGAGUGAAUCGGCAUCCCCCAGUUGCUCGUUAGCCAGCUUUAAUGAAGACAAGGGAAGUUCAGCAGUGCCAGAAAGACUGUCUGUCCUCUCCAGCAAAGCCGUGGCCCAUGUAAAAGCCCUGACUGGCCCGGAAAUGGUUAGUGGUGGCCAGGCACAGAGGACAGCCUCUCGGUUGGCUGUGCAUCAUCCAACAGAUGUAAAUGCAUCGUUAGGUGGCUUGUCCUGCCUCGCAACGGUCAGUAACCUGCAGCCUGUGGGCAUGGCCCCUUGUGGUCUGGGCCGGGUGAUUUGGAUGAAGACUGCAAAAGUAAUGGAGACCUUAGAAAAUAAGAAAAAGGAAGAAAAGGAGAAGUACCGGCUCCAGCUAGCUAUGUACCGACGGCUUCUGCUGUUGCGCUCAAUCAGGAGCUUGCAUAAGCAACUGGAGCAGCAGCAGGCCAGAUUGCAGGAAUGCUACGGCAUGGUAAUACAUACCAAGAAAGAAGUGUUGAAACACAUUCGCUCAACCUCGCCCUCACCUUCACCGUAA